CCUCCAUUUCUAUCCAGAAGCAUUCUCUCUGGAAGCCAUUUUGGUUGGUACUCAAUGUACCCCGGAUCCGACCUGGUCGGACCCGCCCGACCCGUAUGAUCUGAGUGUCGCCUUUAUCUCUCCCUCUCUGAGGCGGUUUUGGGUGUGUCUUGUUGUGGAGAGAGGGAGAUCUAUCUUACUGUCAAGCGGCUUGUUUGUUUGUUUUUCAGGAUUUUUGUAGUUAAGUAAUUAUAAUGGGGGGUUGUGUAUCAACACCAUUAACACCAACUAAAAAAAGGAAAGCACGGAAAAGAUAUGCUCAUCUGCCUCUGAAAUUCCGUGGAAAGAAUUCCAGUUCUGUCCCAGAUGGGGCCAAGAAGAGGAAUAAUGAUGCUCGUGUGACAGAUAUAGUCAACGAGUAUGUGCAUAUGGAUUUUGAGAAUGGUGCAACUGCUACUUGUAGAAGAUCCGAGGUCUCAAACUCUGGAUUCCAUAUCACCCAAUUGCAGUGGCAUCUUAGUCAGGUUGAUGCAAGUGCACUUUGCCAGGACGAUGCUUGGUUUGAUUCAGUCAGUAUUCUGGAAUCUGAAUCAGAUGAUGACUUCAGCAGCGUGUAUGGAGAUUGUUUUCCAUCAAUGGGCAAUGCAAUUUCAAACAUCUCAGGUGGUCAAGUGCUUCAGUAUGAAAGUUCUUCAUGCUUUGUUGAUGGCAAGGGUAAAUAUGAAGAAUACCAUGAGAGUAUUUUGAAAAUUGAUGGGGGCAAAGCAGAAAAACUUUUAAGCAAAGAUGUUCAGGGUCUUGAGCUUUCGUGCUUGGGAAAGGCUGAUGAUAUUUGUAGUAAGAGGAAGAAAUUAUUAGAACAUUCUUAUGGAAGCUUUAAAGGUCUGAAAGACACUAGACGAAACUCUGAAGAGAAAACCUUAAAAUCUGGGUUAAGCCGAUUGGUUCCUUCUGUGAGUUUCAAUGACAAGAUUUUAACAUCAACCAUAGGUGCCCAGUCCCAAAGAAAGAAGACAGCAGUUUUCAGGCUCUCUUUUAAGAGGAGAUCCAGUGAUGGAGAAACCACUGAAGGGUGUUCAUCGAAGAGAUUUUUGUAUCAUCCCAAAGCAGGAUAUAUAAUUCCAGGCUGCACAGUUGAGAAGCAAAACCCAGGAUCUUGGUCUGAGAUUCCUCCCUCAACUUUUAAACUCAGAGGAGAGACCUAUUUUAAAGAUAAGAGGAAGUCCCCUGCUCUAAAUUAUGCACCAUAUACUCCAAUUGGUGUUGACUUAUUUGUAUGCCAACGAAAGAUAAAUCACAUUGCUCAACAUCUUGAGCUUCCCAAUGUGAAAACAAGUGGGAAAGUUCCCCCUCUUCUAAUUGUAAAUAUCCAGUUGCCUACUUAUCCUGCAGCAAUAUUCCUCGGUGAUAGUGAUGGUGAAGGAAUGAGUCUUGUACUAUAUUUCAGAGUUUCUGAGAAUUUUGAGAAUGAAGUCUCUGCCCAGCAUCAGGACUUCAUCAUGAAAUUGGUUGAUGAUGAGAUGGAAAAGACCAAAGGGUUUGCAAGAGAAUCCAGUGUUCCUUUCAGAGAAAGGCUAAAGAUCAUGGCUGGGUUGGUCAACCCUGAUGAUCUCAGCUUGAGUUCUGCUGAAAAGAAACUAGUAAAUGCUUAUAACGAAAAGCCAGUCCUUUCCCGCCCUCAGCACAAUUUUUUCAAGGGCCCUAAUUACUUCGAGAUUGAUCUAGACAUUCAUCGCUUCAGCUACAUAUCGAGGAAGGGGCUUGAAUCAUUCCGAGAACGCUUGAGAAAUGGAGUACUUGAUGUGGGCUUAACCAUCCAGGCACAGAAACAGGAAGAACUUCCUGAACAAGUGUUGUGCUGUCUGAGACUAAACAAGAUUGAUUUUGUUGAUUGUGGCCAAAUACCAACACUGAUGACAGAUGAUGCUUAAAGAGAAUAAAUACAGAAACUCAUAUCUGGAAGAUCUCGGUUCUGUAGAUAUUCAACAGUACCCUCCAAAUUCAAGCGAAAGGAAAAGAAGGAGAAAUGUUUUUAUCAUAAUAUCUUAAUAAUAAAAUAUUCUUUUCAUUCUGCCCCAAAAUAAUAAAUACAUUUUCACAUUAUGCUUGUAAUACCAUAAUAAGUAGACUUUUUAAUU